AUGGCUGAUAAGCUCUUCGAGCGCAUCCCGCGGCUGCGGGUGAUGAUCUGUCGCCAGUGUCAAUAUGGCGUCUGGCCCGGCGAGGCCGAGCGGCAUCUGAAGCGACAGCACCAGCUUGACUGUCCGACGGUCGCGCGUCUGGUGCACGAGAUCCAGCAGUGGACGGACGUCGCGGCCCACGGCCAGGCAGCGCAGAUACCCCACGCAUUAGACGAACCGCUCCCGAUCCUCCCAUGCUAUGCGCAGGGGAUUUUAUGCCGCCGGGAUCCCGCGACGUGCCAUUAUCUGGUGUCUAGCAUGAAAGCGAUGCGGACGCACUGGCAGCGCGUCCAUCGGUGGUCCCAGUACCCCGAGCGUGGCCGCGCCCCGCAGUCCCAGCGGGGCGGCGCGCGAGGCCGAGCUGCAGCGGUCGUACGAGAUCGUGUCGUACCAGCAGCUGUUUCCCUCGCGCGCGGGCUCGCACUACAUCCACAUCCGGUUCCCGCACGGCCGGGCGCCGCCACCCCCCCCGACCCAGUCAGGCCCAGCAGGCGAUCGAUGCGGGUGGUGCAGGCGUGGGAGCAGGCCGAGGCCCGCCCGUCGACAGGCCCCCGUCGAACCCACGCAGCCCCACGACGCGAACCCGUGGCUGCGCAUGACGCAGUGGAACCGAGUAUCUGA